AGAAACUAUUAUGACUUAGUGUAUAUCACAGCUGAUGAAAUUCCACACCAAGUGAGACUCAGAACAGCAUUCAGCAGGCUGAUCAUUUUUAAAUUGUGCACACCUUGUAAUGUUGUACCUGCAUGGAGGUUUUACUGAUUUAUAUGUGUGUUUUGUAUUGCCCCGUGUUCCCUCGUUUAGGUUUGCAUGAGUUUGAUAGCAUGCGAAAUCCAGAGGUGACAGACUUCAGACAGAACAUGCGUCGAAAGGCAGAAGAAAUUGCUCAAGAGAGGAAAAAAAUGACACUGUUAGAAAAGGCCAAGUACCUGUAUCCCCCAAACCUGGACAACAACCCAACCCUCCCCGUCUACCUGGCCGAGAAGUUGAAGAGUAACCAGCUCAUGGUGGCGGUCACUAUUGAGAGUGGGACUGAGGACAUUCAGCAAAUGACCAAAAACUUCAGAAUUCCACAGGAAGCCCAUCCCAAAGAACUUAUCAUGUUGGUUCUGCAGAAGUUAUCCAGCACCCUUGGGCAGGCUCUUGGGGACCCCACUAAAUUUAUCCUCAAAGCCAGGGGCAGGGAGGAGUAUCUGCUGGAUACAGGGUGUAAUACUAUCACACAAUACAAGUACAUAAGAGAGAUGAUAAGUCAAGGAAAAAUCCCACACCUGUUGAUGACUUUGAAGAGCAGGGUCCCAGGUUUAGAAGAUGCGGUGUCGGAAAAUGGCAUCAGCAAUUCCUGUCCAUCCCCUGUUCCUCCUCCGAGGCCACCAAAACCCAAAAGGGGCAAUACGCCCUCUCACUCGCCUAAGAAACCAUUGAAAGUGAACGUCCCUUCCCCGCUGCGGACGGACAGGCGGAAGACACUGGGGGGAGUGACAAGUAUAUGGACAAUCAAUGAGACAUUCUCGAUCACUGUGAACGCUAUUAGGAACGUGAAUUGUAAUGAUGACUCCAAGAUUCACGUACGGGCGGGACUCUUCCACGGCCAUGACAUCAUGGGAGACAUCAAGGACACAGAUUUUGCCAGGCUGGAGGAUAAAAAAGCAACGUGGAACCAGACGCUUGAUUUUGGAAUCAGCGCAAGGGACGUGCCGCGCAUGUCCAGACUCUGCUUCUCGCUGCUUGUUAUUCAUGGGGGCAAAAAAGGAAAGGGGAAGGAAAAAAGAUUGGCCCCCAAUGCUGUGCCACUGGCCUGGGUGAAUAUCAUGGUGUUUGACUACAAGGACAUGCUUCAACAGGGACCCAAGCAGCUUCAUCUCUGGCCUCUCAAAGAUGACAUCACCACAGAACACAGUUUACACCAUAUAGGCACUGUUGUGUCGAACCCAAAUGAAGAAAGUGCCCCGGAGCUUCUAGUCACAUUCCACAACUUUGGCUGCAGUGAUCCUGUGGUGUUUCCUCCUAUAGCUACUGUAUUAGAGUUUGCCCACAGACAUGAAGAACGGGAGGAGGAUGGGCAGCCUAUAUAUUCUAUGCCUGAUGCCAGCAACAGCACGCUGCAGGACCUAGAGAACAUGUUAUACAAAGAUCCCUUCCAGCAGCUCCAUGAGCAAGAGAAGGAAACAGUGUGGAACCUGAGGGAGGAAUGCAAGAAACAUUUCCCAGAAUGCCUUCCCAAACUCCUAAGCUGCGUCACAUGGGACUCCCACGAGAAAGUUGCUGUGAUGCAGGCUUUGUUGUCCAACUGGCCCAAGAUUCUCCAGGAGCACGCUCUAGAGCUGCUGGACUGCUCUUAUGCCAGCAAGGCAGUCAGGAAGUUUGCUGUGGAGUGCCUCAAGGAUAUGAGUGACACAGAUCUGCUGCAGUACCUACUCCAACUGGUGCAAGUGCUGAAGUAUGAGGCAUACUUAGAGAAUGAUCUCUCAGAGUUUCUGAUGCAAAGAGCACUGGCCAAUCAGAAGAUUGGACACUAUUUCUUUUGGCUGCUAAGGUCUGAAAUGCAUGUCCCAUCAGUAUCAGUGAAGUUUGGAAUUCUCCUCGAGGCAUACUGUCGUGGGGCCGUACUCCACAUGAAGACAUUGCAGAGACAGGUGGAGGCAUUGGAAAAACUGCGCUCCAUAAAUAUUUUGGUGAAGGGAGAGCAAUACAGUGGCAAGAAGCAGAAAGCCCUCCAGGACAUGCAUGACGUGCUCCGUCAGAAGGCGUACAUGGAAGCACUGUCUGAUCUACGGGCGCCAUUGGACCCAGCUUGGGGCUGCCACAAACUCAAGAUUGAAAAGUGCAAAGUGAUGGAUUCCAAGAUGAAACCAUUGUGGCUUGUCUGGGAAAACCAGGACAGCGGUGCAGACAGUAGCGACAUCUAUAUUAUGUUCAAGAAUGGAGAUGACCUCCGUCAGGACAUGUUAACACUCCAAAUUCUGCACCUAAUGGAUUCCAUUUGGCAAGCUGAAGGUUUAGAUCUCAGACUCAUUCCGUAUGGUUGCAUAGCAACAGGCCCCAGUUCUGGCAUGAUUGAACUGGUGACGGACUCUCAGACCGUGGCUAAUAUACAGAAACAGUAUGCCAGCUUGGCACUCAAAUCAGCAUUCAACAAAGAAAGUCUCUACUUGUGGCUCAAGGAAAAUAAUACAAAGGCGAGCUUGGAAAGUGCAAUAGAAGAGUUUACCCUGUCUUGUGCAGGCUACUGUGUCGCCACCUAUGUUUUAGGAAUAGGUGAUCGUCAUAGCGAUAAUAUUAUGAUCAAAAGGACAGGGCAGCUUUUCCACAUAGAUUUUGGACACUUCUUGGGCAACUUCAAGAGCAAAUUUGGAAUCAAAAGAGAGCGUGUGCCAUUCGUUCUUACCAAUGACUUUGUUCAUGUGAUCAACAAAAGCCCACAUGAGGACUCCUUCAAAAGGUUCAGAAAGUGCUGUGAACGUGCCUUCAUGUGCCUUCGCAAGAAAGGCAACCUUCUAGUGACGCUCUUCACCAUGAUGCUGUCUACGGGACUUCCAGAACUCACAUGCAUGAAGGACAUUAGUUACUUGAACGACACGCUCGUGCUUAACUACUCCGAGGACGAGGCCUUGAAACACUUCCGCAGCAAAUUUGACGAAGCUCUGAAGAACAGUUGGAAAACAAGCUUAAACUGGGCUGCACAUAACAUGGCAAAGGAUAAUACAUAAAAGAAGCGGGCAACUUUCUAGCAUGGAUAGAAAAACAGUGCAGCUCUCUAGAAUGGAUAGAACAGAGCAGCUCUCUAGAAUGGAUAGAAAAAGUGCAGCUUUCUCGAUGAGUUUAUAGUGCAGGAAUUUAGGACUGGAAGAUACACUUUCAUCUGAUAGCACUCUUUAUAUUGUGGCUUUUUAUAUAUGUUUUUAACUUCAUCCUGGUGAGUUUGCCUUCAUAAAGGUGGACAUAUUUUGUUUUUAUUUAAUGUUAGUGGGCAAACUGGCUUGUGUGAAUGUUUCACUGUGGCAGUCUGAAUUUAAAGAAUAAUAUCCCUUCUUGUAUGCACAAAUCAAGCUAUGCACAAGGCAAUGCAAAAGUCCAACGUGGAUUUUUUUAAACCCAAGAUGUUUUAUUUCACCGGGCAGCAGUUGCCUGUGAAGCCAUGCAUGCUAUGAAUUAUGCAUGGGCAAAAUAUGCCUUUAUUUUAAGAGAAAUAUCAUAAUUAUUAUCAGAGCUGCCAAGUAGUUUUCUUCUGGGGAUCCGUUGUGGUUACCAUGUGUGAUACUUGACAGUCCACAAUAUCAGUGUUAUAUACGGCAAUGGCUUUGAAUUGAGUGACUUUGGGGUUUUAGAUUUUGAUCAUCCUUUGGGAUAGAAGAGAUCAUGAUUCACUGUUGUUGAUUUCUAUUAGUGUAGAUAACUGCUCACAGAAUGAAGGAUAUCAUAGUAAAAAUCUGCACCCAGUUUGUAUACAUUUUAUCGUAUUUAUUGCAGCUCUUAGAGUGAAGGAUUUUAAUGGCCAAAGAAUGGCAAAUGUAAUUAGAUGGAGAAGAAAUUAUUUUUAUUCUAUGUUCAGAGUACUCUGAGUUAUAGAGUGCGGUUGAUGACAUCUGUAUGUAUAUGCAGAGAAUAUAUAUGUAUACCAUGUUCAACAUCAUCUUUUAUCACCCUGAGUUUUAACAUAGUUACGGUUAUAUUCCACACCAAGCAAUCCCUCUUUCACACUUCCAAAUCUUGAAUUUCUGAGCACUGAUGAUAAUUUUAUUGUAUCCUAUGUGUGUGUUUUGAAAUAAUGACCGAGUUCUGAAAGAGCACUGCUUGUUGAAAGAAAAAGGGAUAAUCAAACAACUAAGGAACUCGGGGUCACAUGUCAUCCCAUUAAAAAAACAGCAGAGUUUAUUCAUUUUGAUAUGAAAAAGAGAUACAUUUCCGAUGUUAUAGGAUAUACAAAUUUUAUUCUGUUUACUCCAUGUUGGUAGGUUUGGAGCUGGUCAUUCAGAGUUAGUUGGCUGUUGAUAUUUUAUUGCUCUUUGUGUAACGCAGCUGCAGACUGCUCACGUGAAGUGAACACCCUAACAGCAUUUUGUGAAAAUAAUAAUUGGAAGUUAAGUUUUAAGUCCAUUUGGUGAACAGAUUGAUAAGGAUAG